AUGGCCAUUAGAAGCAGGACGCCGUCUUCCGGAGGGUCUCAGUCAAUGUUCAAGAAGCGUUCCACCCAGUCCCUAUCUCCCACUAUGGCAUCCGCUGCCUCUUACCUCUCAGCGGUUUCCCAAGCGGAUGCUCGUGCCAGGACAGCAAGGUCUCCGACGCCGACGCCGACCGCGACCCCAGCUCUCUCAUUCGCUUCAACCACUUCAUCUGAACCCACCACAGACAUUGACGAACUCGAUGAAGACGACGAGAAAUUUAUCAGUCCACUCUCCGUUCCCUUCCGUCCUCCAACCUCUGAGCAAGUUUUCAACACCGUCCACACCGAAUUCGGACACUGUGCUAGUGAAGAAUUUCGCCUUACCAGUGCUCAUAAACCUGGGGCUCCUAUCCAUGGGCAUGUCGACAAAGACCCGCCUUACUACAUUCUUCUCUCAACCUACAUUAGCUAUCUCGUCUUGAUUUGCUUGGGACAUAUGCGCGAUUUUUUGGGCAAGAGGUUUCAUCCGAAGGCAUACAGACAUUUGAUGCCUCACGACGGAUAUGCAUCGCUGAAUUCAGACUUUGACUCGUUCUAUACACGUAGAUUGAAAGUGCGCAUGGACGAAUGUUUCGCGCAGCCUGUGACUGGCGUUGCUGGACGUACCAUUGUUCUUCUCGACCGUGUCUCCCUCGACUACAACCGAACACAAGUCCCCACUGGAAAUAAAACGCGUGCUCUGAAUAUUUCUUCAUACAAUUACCUUGGAUUUGCUCAGGCUCGUGGAGGGUGUGCCGAUGUCGUAGAAGAGGCCAUCAAAAGAUACGGUAUCAGCACUUGUGGUUCACGUUUGGAGGGUGGUACCAGCGAACUCCACACAGUUGCUGAAGAACUUGUCGCACGAUUUGUUGGAGCCGAGGAUGCGUUGAUUUCCUCCAUGGGUUUCGCUACCAACUCUACAAUUAUUCCUGCACUCGUUGGAAAGGGGUGCUUGGUUAUUUCGGAUGAGCUUAAUCAUUCUUCGAUUAGGUUUGGCGUCAGGCAGAGUGGUGCACACGUUAGGAUGUUUAGGCAUAACGACAUGAGGUCUCUCGAGUCGCUCCUUCGAGAGGUCAUCAGUCAGGGUCAGCCCAAGACUCACCGCCCAUGGAAGAAGAUCAUGUUGAUCGUCGAAGGUUUAUACAGCAUGGAAGGUACAAUGGUUAACCUUCCAGCUAUUAUGAAUCUGAAGGAAAGCUACAAGUUCUAUCUCUUCGUGGACGAGGCCCAUUCCAUCGGCGCCAUUGGGCCUAAUGGGCGUGGUAUUGCGGAUUAUUUCGGAAUUGAUCCUAGAUCAAUCGAUAUCCUCAUGGGCACCUUCACCAAGUCUUUCGGGGCAGCGGGUGGUUACAUAGCUGGCAAAAAGGAUGUCAUUGAUCGUCUUCGUGUCAAAGGUUACUCUGGCACUUAUGCAGAAGCCAUGUCGAUUCCUCUUCUUUCGCAAGUCAUCGCCAGCAUGGCAAGUAUCAUGGGCGUCACUACUCCUACGGUCUCCUCGAGCAAUAGUUCGAGCACCAUUGCCAUCCGAAGCCACGCUGCCAACGGGAACGGUCAUUUGACAGACGAUGAAUACCAUCAUCCAGGCCCCGUUUCAUCCAAGAUAUUACCAUCUUGGAUGACGCUACCUCCCGAGCUCUCUUCUGGUGAAGAAGGACGAACCCGCCUUCGUCGUCUCGCGUUCAACUCAUUCUACCUUCACCGUGGCCUUGAUAAACUCGGCUUCAUCACAUAUGGACAUCCAGCAUCACCCAUCGUUCCGCUCAUCUUGUUCAAUCCUGGUAAGAUGAUGAUGUUCCAUCGGAUGAUGAAGGAUCGCGAGGUCCCGAUUGUCGUUGUCGUCGUCGCGUACCCGGCGACACCUCUCAUCACGACCAGAGUCAGAUUCUGCGUUAGUGCAUCUCACACGAAAGAGGAUAUCGAUUGUGUCCUCAGAGCCUGUGAUGAAAUUGGCGACAUUAUGGAUCUGAAGCAUGGACUUGCGCCAGCUGAUAGAUGGAGUAUAGACGAGAUUUGUGAUCGGGCGGUCGAGCUGGUCAGCUUGCCAGAGGCGUAG